AGUUAUAAACGAAACGAACAAUUAGUUCAUCACAAAAAUGUCAUUCAUUUAAAUAAUAAGAGUUUUGUUUGUGAUGUCAAUGAAUGCAACAAAAGAUUUGCCCGAAAGAAGGAUUUAUUUCAACACAAAAAUAAUAUUCAUUUGAAUGAAAAGCCAUUCAAAUGUAAUGAAGAAAUUUGUGGCAAAACAUUCGCUAAAGAAUAUCUACUGAAUUCUCAUAAACGCAUUCAUUCGGGAGAAAAACCAUUUAUUUGUGAUUUCAACGGAUGUAAUGCAAGCUUUAAAAGAGUUUCACAUUUAUCUCAACACAAAAGUAAUGUUCAUUUGAAUGAAAGGCUAAUUAAAUGUGAUUUUCCCGAUUGUAAGCAAACCUUCAAACAAACCAAUCAUUUGGUCGCUCAUAAAAAUCGCGUUCAUUUCAAACUGAGAUUUCUUUUACAAGAAGUUCUGAUUUAA